CUCACACACGUGUAGACUUUGAGACACCCUAGCAGCCCGACCUGGUGGUCCUGCUCAGUUCCUUCACACAGGUCCAGCUGUACAUGCAUGUGUGCGUCUGUCCUCAACCAGAAUGCAGGACGGGAGCUGUGACCAAACGCUCCGUGUCCCCCUGGCGCCAAAGGAGCGCGGCGCGGAUGGGGUCGCUGCCGAGCUCUACCUGGACUCGCCGGCGGAGACGGGUGAGGACGGCCCCGAGGACGAGGACGCCUUCCCCGAGCUCUCGACUUUCCUCAGCCAGGAGGAGAUGGAUCGCAGCCUGGACCUGGCGUGGGAGGCCUUUUCCUCCGCGGGGGACGAAGAGGCGCCGAGCCCAGAGGCCGAGCCCCCCGCGCCCCCCCCGGGCGAAGACCCCGCCCCCCGGCCGGAAGCGCCCGGCGAUGCCCCCGGCCCUCGCAGCCCAUCGGGGGAGAGGUUUGCGUCCCCGAGGCCGUCCGUCCCGCUGUACAAGCAGGAGCGACCGCGCCUCCUCCACGAGCCGCCGGAGCUCAGCGACCGCGGUUCCACGAGCGAGUUCUGCAGCCGCGCCGCCACCUUCAUCGAGGAGCUCUCCUCCAUCUUCAGAGGUUCGGCGCGAGCGGGACAGCAGGCCGACGAGGACUCGUCGUCUCCGGACAGCGGAUACCUGUCUCCCAGGGUCCCCGCAGCGCGAACCGCCCCGGCCCUUCAGGAGACGAGCGGCGCCGGAACCGAGCCGGAGGCUCCGCCCCGUUUCACGCAGAAACUGAAGAGCCAGGAGGUGUCCGAAGGAAGUCCCAUCCGGCUCGAGUGUCGGGUAACGGGAAACCCGCGACCGGUGGUCAGGUGGUUCUGCGAGGGGCGGGAACUGCACCAUUGUCCUGACAUCCAGAUAUCGCGGGACAGAGACCUACACGCACUUGUGAUCGCCGAGGCCUUUGAGGACGACACGGGCCGCUACACCUGCGUGGCGUCCAACUGCCUGGGUGCCGACAACACGUCCGCCGAGGUCUACAUCGAAGGGGUGUCCUCCUCUGACUCAGAAGGUGAAGGACAGGUGUCCAAGAGCAAGCCAGGAGCCAUGGCACAGGGGCAGAAGAAAACCACCUCCAUGUCGCUGACCAUCCACUCUGCAUCCCCCAGGAGACCCGAGACGUCGCCCCACCGUUCUUCUCUGAUCCAGACUCUUUCCCAGCCAUUGCAUCACCGGGUCCAGAGUCCAGUUUCCUCGGUGGUGCUGGGUGGAGGAACAGCGCCCCCUGUCUUUACCAAGCUGCUGCAGGACGCACGGGCCCACGAAGGCCAGGUGGUGGUGCUGGAGUGUCGGGUUCGAGGGACGCCACCUCUCCAAGUGCACUGGUUCCGCGAGGGACAGCAGAUCCAGGACUCGCCCGAUUUCCGCAUCCUGCAGAAAAAGCCCCGGUCUGCUGCUGAACCUGAGGAGAUCUGCACUCUGGUCAUAGCAGAGACCUUCCCGGAGGAUGGCGGCCUGUUCACGUGUACCGCAACCAACCGUUUUGGCUCCUCCAGCAGCGCAGCGCAGCUGACCAUACAGCCAGCGAGCGAAGACGCGUCAGCCAACGGCGUCUCAGCGGAUGAGGGCGCGUCCUUCCCGCCCCCGCCGCCGCCGCCGCCUGCGGAGAUCGGCCUCCCGGAGGCCCCCCCCACGCCCCCAGGCGCUCAACGUCUCCACGUCAACGAGCUGGAGAUGUGGCCCAGCGUGGCGGCCCUGCAGCCCGUGCAGAUCAUCCCAUCGCAGACGCAGGUUCGAGAGACCCCCGGCAGGUGGGCCCUGGCUGACCCGCCCCCUGAUGAGGCUCCGCCCCCGAAGAAUGACCCCCCGCUGCCUACGAGGCCGAAGCCGAAACUGAAACCCGAGCAGCUGAGACAACUGCAGGAGCAGAUCCUCCUGGAGCAGCAGAUACAGCAGCUGCAGCAGAUACAGCAGCUACAGCAGCAGCACGUGGGCCCGCCCCCGUCGCCACCCCUGCCACCCCCACCAUCCUAUCAGGAGCUAGAGAACAGCGCAGAGGCUCCGCCCCCGGCAUCACCGAGCGUCGCCGACACCAUGCAGACGGCAAGCACCUUCAACUACGCCCGUCCCAAGCAGUUCAUCGCUGCACAGAGCCCAGCGGGGGGCGUCCCGCAGUCGCCGUCCUCGUCCCGGUCUCCGCCGCUGUCCUCCGGGAGGGCUGCGCUGCCUCUUUUCCAGCAGUCCCACCACAAGGGCGGCGCCGUCGAGUCGCCGGGCUCUCCCUCCUUCCCCCCUCCGCCCUCCCCAUUCCUGAGCCCCACGCUGUCCUCCCCCGGACAGGAGUUCCCUCCCCCUCCCCCUCCCCCACCGCCCCCGGCCCCGUCCAGCGGCCCCCUGUCCCCUGCGCCAUCCAACAGCCCCGUGUUCUCGUCGGCCCCGCAGUCCCCCGCCGGCUUCCUGGCCUCCGUGCUGCCGUCCCAGCCGUCGGCAGCCGCGGUUAACGCUCUGGGGUUGCCCAAGGGGAACGGCACCGCGGGAUUCGCGAGGAAAAUGAGCCGUGGCCCACGGAUCGCCUCGGACUCCGAGAUCCAGGGUUCGAAGGACGCGGUCAUCCAGGACCUAGAGAGGAAGCUGCGCUUUAAAGAGGAGCGCCUGAGCAACGGUCAGCAGAAGCUCACGUACGAGGAGAAGAUGGCCCGUCGCCUGCUGGGGGCGAACAGCGCCGCAACCGUUUUUAACGUGCAGGAAGCAGAGGAAGAGCCUGCCACACAGGAGUACAAGGUAUCGAGCUUCGAGCAGCGCCUCAUCAGCGAGAUCGAGUUCCGACUGGAGCGCUCCCCGGUGGAGGAGUCCGACGAUGACACGACGCACGAUGACGACGCCCCCGGCCAGCGGGUGGCGCCCUUCUUCGACCAGAAGCUCAGGCACUUCAAGGUGUAUGAGGGAAUGCCUGUGACCUUCACCUGCAAGGUCAUCGGGGACCCCAGGCCAAAGGUCUACUGGUUCAAGGACGGCAAGCAGAUCUCCAAGCGCAGUGAGCACUACCGCAUGAGCCGCGAAGCCGAUGGAACGUGUUCCCUGCACACUGCCGCCGCCCUGCUGGAUGACGACGGAAACUACACCAUCAUGGCCAGCAACCCUGAGGGGAGGACCAGCUGUACUGGGAGGAUGAUGGUCCAGGCUGUGAACCAGAGGGGGCGGAGCAGUCGAGCCACACCUGGACACAUUCGCAGACCCCGUUCCAGGUCCCGGGACAGCGGUGAAGACAACGACAACAUCCAGGAGCGCCAUUUCCGACCGCACUUCCUGCAGGCGCCCGGUGACCUCAUCGUCCAGGAGGGCAAGCUGUGCAGGAUGGAUUGCAAGGUGAGCGGGCUGCCCACUCCGGACCUUGUCUGGCAGCUGAACGGACAGACGAUCCGGCCGGACAGCGCCCACAAAAUGCUGGUGCGGGAGAACGGCGUGCACUCGCUCGUCAUCGAACCCGUCACCUCCUGGGACGCCGGCGUCUAUACCUGCAUCGCCAGCAACCGUGCCGGACAGAACUCCUUCAGCCUGGAGCUCAUUGUGGCAGCUAAGGAGAUCCACGAAGCCCCCGCCUUUGUGGAGAAGCUGCAGAACACGAGUGUGGCUGAUGGUUACCCCGUGCGCCUCGAGUGCCGCGUCUCUGGUGUGCCCCACCCCCAGAUCUUCUGGAAGAAGGAGAACGAGUCGCUCACCCACAACACGGAGCGGAUCAGCAUGCACCAGGACAACCACGGAUACAUCUGCAUGCUCAUCCAGCCGGCAACCAAGGAGGACGCAGGCUGGUACACGGUGUCGGCCAAGAACGAGGCGGGUAUCGUGUCCAGCACAGCGCGACUGGAUGUCCACACUCAGUGGCAACAGACCCAGACCCCGAAGCCCCGGAAGGUGCGUCCGUCAGCCAGUCGCUACGCCGCGCUCACUGAGAAGGGCCUCGACGUCAAGGCUGCGUUUUUCCCUGACUCGAACCCCCCCCACCAACCUGGGGGUCUGGUGGAGAGCGAUGACCUGUAGGUGUCUGUCAGCAAGGGGCUUCACUCCUGUGCGGGGGGGGGUGGAGGGUGAACCCCACAGUGCCCCUCGCUCCCUCAUCCGUCAUCAGCAGCACAGACUGUCCCAGUACAGGUUGGGCCCCAGGGCCCCUGGACCCUCUGUCACAUGACACAGUUAGUGGCCAGAGUGACCUGCAGGAGACCCCUCUGUGUGUGUACACACACACACACACACACACACACACACUCACACACCCCAGUUCUACUUGGUACUCUCUGGUGUUUUAGAGCACAAAAAGUGUGUGUGAAAGGAGAACAGAGCAGUGUAUCCAAACAGUGUGAGAGAGGUGUGUGUGUGAGUGUGUGUGUGGAGUGGACAGAUGGGGGGGCAGGUGAGCAGACAGUACAGACGAAUGUCGCCGAUGGUGGAGGGCGGGUGUGAGGAGAGACGGGGUAUGAAAUGUGCGUGUGCCGUAGGGGGCUGUGAUGAAGACGAUGGUGACGAUGAUGGAGCCAAGUUCAUGCCUUACUCUAUUUUUACUCUUCCACGACUGUGCCGAUGUCAGGGUCCAAGGAGGGCGGUCAUCUCUAAUUCCUUCAUCUGGAGCCCCUCCUGCCCUUUCCUCUCACACAAAGUAGUUUAUUAAUGUUUUUGUUUGUUCCGUUACUGUCAGUCUGGUUUGGGUUCACAUCCCUCCACACAUGGAGGGCCUUUGCCAGCCGCAGGGGCACUUAAAUUAUUGCUAUUCAUACAGCCGUGCGCAUAUUGUACUCCGAGGUGCUUCUAUUUGAAAGACUUUGUAAAGGAUCUACAGGUCUCUCUUUCGCUCACUCACACUCACACACACAGACACAAACACACACACACAGUAGGGCUUUGGAGGCCCGAAACCUUGUAUCAGUUAUAUGUAAGACUCCAAAAACGUGUGUAUUGAACAAUUAUCUCAGUGUAUGUAAACAUACGCGUUCUGUACCACUGACACACACUGGUGCAUUUCCGCACUUCCUUCUUCUCGCAAGUCUUUUCCUGUAUAUGGAUUGUAUCUUACUUUGCUUUACCAGUUACAAUAAAAUCUGUGGAACUGA